CUUCGUAUUUGGUGUGGCUUCGCUGGGGCAGAAGGAGAUAAAGCAGGCCGCGCGGAAGCAAGAGCUUUCUUUGUUUUCUUCUUCAGAAGAAUUUCAUGUAAUUUGAAGGAGGAAUUGGUGUUGCUUCGGAGGAGGAGAGGAGGAGGAGAGAGCAGGGGCGCUUGUUCUGUUUUUGCGCAGAGAGGAGAGUGCGACUUAUUAAUAUAAGAGAAGAGGACAUCAAUGGAAUCAGAAUUUAGAAAGAGGGGCGGUGAAUGCCCUCAACUACUUGAUUUGAUUUCAGUUGACGACUGGUUAAAGAGAGAUGCAGGAGGAGGAGGGAAAAGCUUAGGAGCUUCAGAAGAGAAGAAGUUAGAGCUGACGCUUGCUCCUCCUGGAGGAGAGGGCUGGCCAGCAGCCGAGGAGGAGCAAGAGAAGCUAACUUCCAAUCGCUCGUCGACCUGCUUCUCAAAUUUCUCCAAAUCUUUUGACAAAAAAGCUUUUUUUGAAGCCAAAAUGGGAUUUUUGGACACAGCUGAACCCAAAAAAGAAGGGUUCCAACAGCAGCAACGUGGGCCUUUACAGCUGCAGCUCAUAGCUGGCUUGAGUAAAGAAUCUCCAGUAGAAGCUAAUGGGAUGAUGGAACAGACUCAUUUGAUAAGAGCGCACGCUUCUUCUGAUAAUGUUGCUCUGGUGAAGAGCAGCACUCAGAUAAGAGCAACCACUUCUCCAGUUGUUGGGUGGCCUCCAAUACGGUCGUUUCGAAAGAACAUUGCUAUCACAUCAACCAAACAAUCAAAUGAGUUAAAAAAUGGGGUUCGAGAGAAUGUAUUGAAGGGCAAUACUUCGAAGAAGGGUUUGUUUGUCAAGAUCAACAUGGAUGGUAUCCCUAUUGGAAGGAAACUGGACCUUAAUGCUUGUGAAAACUACCAGAAGCUCUGUUCAAUAGUGGAAGAACUCUUCUGUGGCCUUCUUGCUGCUCAAAGGGACCCUACAGCUUCUGGUAGUGGGAUCAGUGAAAGUGAAAGAAUGGCAUUCACGGGCUUGCUGGAUGUCAGCGGUGAAUAUAGUUUAGUGUAUGAAGACAAUGAAGGGGACAGAAUGAUGGUUGGAGAUGUUCCUUGGGACAUGUUUGUUUCUACUGCGAAGAGGUUGAGAGUGCUGAAGAACUCGGAGCUUUCUGCAUCAUCUCUGGGAGCUGUCAACAGAAACAGAGCAGCAGAGUGUUGAGUUGAAUAAAAGAAUGGAUUUUGCAUUGCAAGUUCUUUUUUUAUUGUUAAUUUUCUUUUAUUGCUGUUGUCUGUGAAAUGUAAGUGUCGCGAAAGCUCUUAUUUUUCAACUGAGUUUGUAGAGAACUGUUAUCUUCUGAUUGUCUAAUGUCACUUGUUUAUUUUUACAUACAUAUGA